UCUACCUGCCGUUACCGAGCGGCGUGUGCGAACCGUGGAAGCUAAUGUUGGUGGACGCGGUGCUCCGGACCUUAGUGCAUACGAGUGACAUGGCUCAUGCACUGGGUCUGUCUCACCGUGCCUCCCUGCUGAACCAGUUGGUGUCCUGGGCAGAUGUGAUUGAGGCUCACUCCUGCUCCACUGUGCACGUGACUGACUCUGUUCUGGGCGGAGUGCCCACCCGAGUCUUCCAGCCAAAGGGAGGGAGGAAGCUCAAAAGAGGAAUAAUUUACUUCCACGGUGGAGGAUGGGCCCUUGGCAGUGGACGGAUGCGAUCCUAUGACCGCCUCUGUCGGAAAAUGGCAAAGGAUCUCGACGCUGUCAUCAUGUCUGUUGAUUACCGUCUUGUUCCAGAGGUGGUGUUCCCAGAUCAGUACCAUGAUGCGUUAGCGGCGUCACGGGCCUUCCUGUCCUCACAGGUUCUAGAGCACUACAGCAUCGACCCAGAGAGGCUGUAUGACGGGUUGAUGUAUGCCAGGCGCCUGCAGGAUGCUGGUGUCACAGUGACCAGCGAUCACUAUGAGGAUGGUUUUCAUGCCUGUAUGGUGUUUGCAUACACACCAAUGAUGUCUAGUGUUGGACAGAGGAGCAUGAACAACUUCAUCCGCUGGCUGGACCAAAAUCUGUAG